AUGUUUAAAAAGGAGUAUCCUAAGACAAAAUUUGGAAAUCAAAAUCGAGGAUUUACACCUUCUUACUUUAGUGAGUUUAAUUGGCUUGAAUAUAGUGUUAGAAAAGAUAGCGUGUUUUGUUUUCCAUGCCGUAUUUUUGGAACUGCUCAUCAAACGGAAAAUACAUUUACUGUAAUAGGAUUUAAGAACUGGAAAAAACUUUGUGGAUCAAGAGAUUCAAAGACCAAAAAAUCAAAACUAAGUUUGCACGCUUCAACAAUUAAUCACAUUAAUUGUAUGUCAAGAUGGUUAGAAUAUAAAAAUUCUUUAAAACAAGGUAGUAUCAUCUCCAAAUUAUCAACAGCCAACAAGGAGCACAUUGACAAAAAUCGGCAGUAUAUUAAAUGUUUAAUUGACAUUGUUAUAUUUCUUGGGCGGCAGGGACUUCCAUUUAGGGGUCAUCGUGAAAAUGAAGAUGCUUUAAAUAAAGGUAAUUUUAAAGAGCUGUGCAUGUUGUUUUCAAAACAUCAUAUUGAGUUUGAGAAAAAAUAUAUUUUCAACUCAACUAACCAUACUAGCUGGGCCAUUCAAAAUGAUUUAAUAAAUAUUUGUACUUCAUAUGUGAGAGAUAAUAUUGUUUCUGAAGUUAAAAAGUGUGGCAUGUUUUCCAUUUCAUGUGAUGAAUUCAGGUAA